CAUCAAGGAAACCCUGAACCAAAUCGCGAACGCUGCGACCUAGUCCUUUCUGGCUCGCGUGUCGCUCCCCAAGUCAUGUACGCUCACCGGGGAAGCAAACCUGCGUCAAAUAAUGGUCCUGUGACCCUUUGGAAGCCAUUUAAAGUUCCCCUUCCAGCUUUUACAACACAUGAGGCUUCGCGACCCUCACGGAAGAGGAAGCGUGUUUCCUACACUGACACGGACGAAGAGAACAGCGUGCCCCAUCCGAAUCCCUCUGAUAUAUUAAUAGAUAAUGUGGGCCCGCGAAAAUCACGCCCAAUCCUCAAGCCUCCUUCCAGCAUCACUUCCGUCUUUAGAAUCCCGACAAUGCGAGCUAAGUCAGGCGAAAUUAUACCGACUACAAUAACUGGCGCUCCUCUUGGCGUCAGGGCUCCGAUCUCGAUACCUCCGCGACCCCUUCAUGAUCCUAUGUCAGACCAUGCUAUCGUCUUGUACGAUCCCACAAUUAAUGAUGGAGAAACAGACGAAGAGAGGAAAGAGCGCAUGAAACAAGAAGCGAAGGAACUGGAAAAUUUAGAAGCUCGACAAACUGCUUGCGAUUUGGGUUUGUUUAAUCCUCAUAAAAGCCUACGCGAAUUGCUUGGCGAGACGAAUCGAGUGGGAUGUGCUGCCAAGGCUGUGAAGGUCCCUGUGGUCAUAGACCCACUGCUGAGCAAAAAGCUCCGCCCCCAUCAAGUUGAAGGGGUUAAAUUUCUCUAUCAAUGUACGACGGGUAAUAUGGUGGGGAAUCAAUAUGGCUGUAUCAUGGCAGAUGAGAUGGGUCUCGGGAAAACCAUGCAAUGUAUCGCUUUGCUUUGGACCCUUUUAAAGCAGUCCCCUAGACCAGGGAAACCGACGAUCGAGAAGUGUAUCAUAGCGUGUCCAGCGAGUUUGGUGCGAAACUGGGCAAAUGAAUUCGCCAAAUGGCUCGGGGAUGGUACUCUUGGCUGCCUUGCUAUUGAUGGCAGGGGCACCAGGGACCAGAUGACAGCGAACGUCGCACGAUGGAUAUCCGCUUCUGGACGAAACAUUACUCAGCCAGUCAUGAUAGUAUCUUAUGAGACUUUGCGCUCAUUGGCGCCUCAGCUCAAGAACUGUCCAGUUGGACUACUACUUGCCGAUGAAGGUCACCGACUGAAAAAUUCUGAUAAUCAAACCUUUCAGGCACUCAACGACCUUAACGUGCAACGUAGAGUCGUAAUCACCGGGACACCCAUUCAGAAUGAUUUAUCGGAAUAUUUCUCACUCUUAGAUUUUGCGAACCCUAAUUUCCUUGGAAGCAGGAACGAGUUUCGCAGAAGAUUCGAGAAUGCUAUCAUCAAGGGUCGUGAUGCUGAUUCCUCAGCGGCUGACAAGACUGCGAGCAUCGAGCGGAUGAGGGAACUUAACGAGUUGGUAACAAAAUUCAUAAUUCGCCGAACAAAUGAUUUACUUUCAAAGUACUUACCUGUUAAAUAUGAGCAUGUGAUCUUCUGCCGUCCUUCUGCGCUCCAGGUUUCACUCUAUAAAUUUUUCACCAACUCCAAGGACAUCCAGAUCCUUCUGAAGGGUUCGGGAAGCCAACCUCUCAAGGCGAUCGAUCUGCUUCGGAAGUUAUGCAAUACUCCUCAGUUGUUGAAUCUUCCCGAGGCUUUACAUGGAUGCGAUCACCUACUCCCCCUCGACUAUGUUGGCAUGGGCAACCGUGGCAGCAGCAGAUUAAGCCGUGCUCUCCCACUGUCGCGCCAGGAAACGUUCUCAGGACUCCGUUCUGCAUACAGUGGGAAAAUGGCAGUGCUGGAAAGAUUUCUGGAUCGUAUCAAAGCAGAGACCAAAGAAAAGGUAGUAUUGAUUAGCAACUUCACUCAAACACUUGACCUCUUCGAGGAUCUAUGUCGGAGCAAAAGAUAUGGCUUCUUUCGACUGGAUGGGGCAAUGGCGACAGCAAAGAGAGCCAAGAUUGUGGAUCAGUUCAAUGAUCCUGCGAGUCCAGAGUUCAUCUUCCUUCUAAGCAGUAAAGCUGGGGGUUGUGGAAUCAACCUCAUCGGCGCAAAUCGCCUCAUCCUAUUUGAUCCUGAUUGGAACCCUGCGUCGGAUCAGCAAGCACUCGCCAGGAUUUGGCGUGAUGGACAAAAAAAACAAUGUUUUGUCUACAGGUUCAUCUCAACCGGAACUAUCGAGGAGAAGAUCUACCAACGUCAAGCCUCCAAACAGUCAUUGAGUGCAAGUAUUGUAGAUCAAGUGGACAACAGCGAGCUACAAUUCAGCGGAAACGAGCUGAGAAAAUUAUUUUUGUUUAAGGACGGCACCGUCUGCGAAACUCAUGACACGUUCAAGUGUGGGCGUUGCAAAAACGGCAAGCAGGUCUUAAAAUCGCAGGCACUCUUAUAUGGUGAUGCAAGCACGUGGAACCAUUUUCGCAAUGACGAACUGAAAAAUAAUCAUGAUGACUUGCUUCGUGCAGAGUGUGGGGGUACCGAUAUCUCGUUUGUUUUUCAGUAUAUCAGCCAUUAGACUGAACGUCUAGAUCCCAAGGGAUCACGGGAAUUGACAUUUAUUUCAUGUGGAUUGAUCGAGAAUGCUUGAAAUCAAUGGUAAAAAGGAAAGAGAGUCGC